GAAUUUCAACCUACUGUAAAGUUACCAAAAUAAAGCACAUGUGAGAGAAUGUGUGAUUUUCAAGGACCACACGUUACUUUUGAGUAUUAUUAUUAUAUUAAUUUUUCUUUAUUUUUUCUCGCAGGUUUCAACCGGUUGCAUAUGAGGGCAAUAUGGCAAUAUUAUGUAUAAGAGGCAGAGUGUAGAGGUGAUGUAGGUUUUUUGGUUAGCCAUUGAAUUAUAAUUUGUUUGAUGGUUAUACCACCCAAUUCCCCUUUUUUAAUCUCAUUGGCUUUUUUUUUUGACAAAAAAAUCUUUCAUAGUAUUUAAUCCUUAUUUUUAUAGAAAAUUACAAAAUUAUGUCGCUCACAAUUAUUCACCUUUUUCUCCUUCUCUCUCCCUUAAGAAAACAGAGGAUUUACGUUCAGUGUUUUUCGUUGACAAUGUCAGGAAACAAAGAAGAAGAGGAUCCUCGUAUCAACGGAAUCAAAACAAAGAUCCGUGUCGUUACAUGCUCUGUUUCGUCUCGUUGAAAAUGUUGUUUGUCUGAACUGCUUUCUUGGUUAUUUUCUUGAGAAAUUCAGGGGAUGUUGUACUGUUACCUUAACAGCUUAUUGUCACGAAUCUAUUUUUUUGUUAGAGGAUGUUGUUAUGAGUUGUAAGAAAGAAUAUAAAGGGUUAUAAAUAAGGAGGAAAAUUGCAGGAAUAAUGUUUCAAGACAUAACAACAGUACUGUUGGAUCCGAAAGCUUUCAAAGAUACAAUCGAUCUGUUUGUUGAGAGGUACAGGGACAACAACAUCUCAGUGGUUGCAGGAAUAGAGGCUCGUGGUUUCCUAUUCGGUCCACCAAUCGCAUUAGCCAUUGGAGCAAAGUUCGUUCCUCUCCCGAAACCCAAGAAACUGCCAGGUGAAACAAUCUUUGAAGAAUACGAAUUGGAGUACGGAAAUGACCGGCUAGAGAUGCACGUAGGAGCUGUUGAAGCCGGAGACCGAGCUUUGGUGGUUGAUGACCUUAUCGCAACCGGUGGUACUCUCUGCGCCGCCAUUAACUUGCUAGAGAGGGUUGGGGCGGAAGUUGUGGAAUGUGCAUGUGUGAUCGAGUUACCCGAAUUACAGGGAAGGCAGAGACUCAAGGGGAAACCAUUAUGUAUGCUUGUGGAGUAUCGAUGAUGAUUUUAGCUGAGAUGUUUGGUUUAAUGAUUUGGUUAACUAAUUAUUGGUUAUGCACCGAAAACUCGGAUUAUGCAGACUUAUUAGUGGAUUAUACAAUAUUUUAAUUUAAACUCUGGCGGAUUAGCUGGAACAAAUAAUAUUCUUGGUUCACCCUACCUAGAAGUUCACCAACCAAUAAGAUUGUGUUAUUUCAUAUUUGAUAUCUUUUAAA